ACAGCUCCUCUCACAAUACUCCUGGUGCGCAUGUCACAAGUCGAUAGGAUCAAGAACCAAGUCGGUUUUGCUCUCAGGGGCUCUUGGGGCCACCAGUCAAGGUGGCCUCCCGACAUGGCGAACUACCUCAGCUGUCACGAGGCCAGGAACCACUGUGGAGGCGUGGUCAGCCUCAUCCCCAUCGUCCUAGACAUGAUGAAAGAAUGGGUCGCCCACUCGGAGAAGCUGCCCCGCAAAGCGCUGCAGCACGUGAGUGAGCCCCAGGCCACAGGUACCCAGCCUCGGCUAAGAAAAGACAAGUGGGCAACCGACACAAGACAGCCUCAAACCUAUAGGGGCAAAACAGUGUUCAAAACCGCCCUGGAGACCAGCUGGUGGGAAACUGUAACUCAGCUGGUGACCUGCUUGAUCCCAAUCCCAUCCUGUCCCAUCCCGUCCCGUGGGGCACUUUGCUACUAAGCUUGGUUUCCACAAGUUGAUCCAUUUUCACUGGUGCCCACAGUCUUUGCCACUUACUAACCCCCAAGGGGACCGCCCCACGUAUGACUGAGAACCUCUUUUCCUCUUGUGCUGUGACUUCUAACUUUUCCUCACCUCUGAGCGUCAGGCUCCGUACUGAUGAAGAGGACCCUCACUUAGUGUUGCCUGUAGAGGGUGUCCCGGGGAGGCCGGGAAAGGGCUAGGGCACCGACUGUCCCGCCCAGGCCCAGCUUUCCCAGCUGAGCCGUGCAGCUGGAGGAGGCCACUCAGCUCCCUUCCCGCCGCAGCGGCAGCCAUAGGCGAGACGCCACUCUCUGCAAGACAGGGCUGCUCCCGCCUCCCGGGAUGCUGAGGGCAGCAUGCUGAACUGCUCAGUGUGAUCAGGUCUCUGGACCAAAGCCCAAAGGGGAACGAACCCACCUUGCCUCUCCUUUACUUGGGAGAGACUGAGAGCAGCCGGAAGAAUUGAUUUUGUGGUUCCCGUCCGAGGACAGUUACCUGGUUUUCACAACAUAAUUGAGGCCCAGACAUUGUAAAAUGCGUCACUGGCUUCCGAGCUUGCCAGAAGUACUGUCUGACUGUUGGUUUUUGCCUCUUCACAGGGGGCAACUUAGCUUCUGUAUUCUUGCUUCCUAGGAGGCGACAGUCAAGAAUAAAAAGCGUUCUGCCA